AUGGGAGGCCAAGGCAAACCGUCGCAGCCACUGCUUGCUAUUUCACCUUUCGAAAAUUUCCCACGCCGGCUCUUGGUCUCUGUGCCUGGUUGGGUGUUACGCUCGUCACAUAUUAUUCGCAAUAAUGAGAGAAUACCCACGUUUUCAUUAGAAAUAACAAUACGGAGUAAGAGAGAAUUUAAGGGAUUAAGACAUGCGCGCCAUUCUCCCCUCCACCAGUCCGGCUACAACGUAGAAGAGACUAUAUUCGAAUUCGAACUUGCACCCAUUCACGAGGGACGGGACGCACUGUCAGAGGCGCCCAAACGCUCGCUACAGAUCCCGAGUCCCGAAUCCAUCGAAUCUCCAAAGAGCAGAUCUGGAAACACCCCAUACCGAAUCAUAUCAGCGGUGUGA